GCUUUUUUUCCCGGGAAAAAAGGUGUAUUUUUGCAGGAUCUAGAAAAUGACAGAUGAAUGGGAUGAAAAACAGAGGGAAGAAGGGGAUCCUGAGACGGAAGAACAGGAACUUCAAGCAAUGAAACAACGUGUUGCUGAGAUGGAAGCAGAGGCAGAAAAAUUAAGAAAAAUGCAGGCUAAAUUAGAUAAAGAAAGCUCCCAAUUAGUGGAGAAUAAGGAAGACGUUGAUUCCCGGAGUGUUUAUGUCGGAAAUGUUGAUUAUGGAGCUACUCCCGAAGAAAUACAAGCUCACUUUCAAACCUGUGGAACUAUCAAUCGUGUCACUAUUUUAUGUGAUCGUUACUCUGGUCAUCCUAAAGGAUUUGCAUACAUUGAAUUUUCAGAGCCAAGACUUGUUGCUCAUGCUUUAGUUCUUAAUGAAAGUUUGUUCAGAGGUCGUUUACUUAAAGUCGUUCCAAAACGUACAAAUCUCCCUGGAAUGUCCCGUGGAAGAGGACGAGGACGUAGCCAUGCUUACCGUGGACGUUAUGGCUACCGUGGCGGCUACCGUGGCUCUUAUAGAGCUGCUCCAUAUUAAUUAUUAUACAAAAAAAAUAUUAACCCCUUCUAUUCUUUCUAGAAA